UCCAUCUACACUCGGAAUUUCUAGGGUCGCCAAAUGGCCGAUUUGUUCCCUCGAUCUUGCGCAUUCUAUGGCCGAUCGCAGCUUCUUCUUGACAGCGGCUUCAGGAAGAUCUCCAUGGCGCGCAAGAGUCCGAGCGCUUCUCUGGCUGCCGCGAUCUGUGUGGAGAUUUCUCAGCUGCUCGGAGAGAAUGAAUGCGCGGCAUUCUCUCUCGAUGACCAGAACAUCACGGUUGUUUUCGAGGGCAGUAAGCAUAAGAAAUUUGCUUCUCUUCUCGGGCGUGAACGCGUGAAGCUAGAGCACCAACAGAUGAUGCUCGAGCUUGAUGGCGAAGAAAUCUCUAGUGGCUUACUUCUGCAAGAGGCUGUUCGUCACUCACUGGUCUCUUCAUUGGUUAGAAAAGGGUGGACGUUUUUGCGAGGAGGCUCACUUGUAUUUGGUACUAUUCAGGAAGGAUUGCCACUGGAAACUGUGUCUCUGGAUGUACAUCUCGAAUCUAAUGGCCAUAUAGUUUUGCUCGUGUCACCAGACGUGACGAGUAUUCAUUUCGCUAAGAUAGUGGAAGGCAUGCCAGAGGCCUAUAAGAAGCGAUUCGAGCAAGAAGAGUUUCUUUCGAUAGAAGAGUAUUGUCUGCAAGAUGACGAGAGAACUAUCAACGAGUUUGAGUGCUGCGUUCUUCCAUAUAUGAGGAACGGCUAUGCUGUGGGACUUUGCAAAACAAUGCGUGGUCUAAACGAUGACGACGACAUGGAGCUCCGCAAGCAAUUGUGGAAGAAGCAGAAUGGACUUCAAUUUACAGGAGACUGCUACUAUGUCAAAAUAUGCUUCUCACUGGACUCAGGCGAGUUUUCAUGGUUUCCAUCGUCCCUGGUGAUGAAAAAAUCUGGUUUCUUUCCUGUAGUGCCAUCGCUCAGAUGCUCUCUAAUGCUACGUGUUUUGCAGCACUUUUUUAGUGAUGCUGCAGCGUGGGAUUUCUUUUGUUCUGGGAGAAUCGAUUUUAAGGAGCUUGAAAUCGACAGUAACUCCUCGCUGCCAUGGACAAGAGCCGCGAGUUUGCCAGAUACGCCACGGAUUUCCUUGAAUGGCAUGAAGACUGCAUCCAUUUCUGCCUUGCAACCGGAUAAUUUACUCAAGACCCUCCGUGCUAGAGUAACCACUGAAGUAGGAAAGCCAGCAGCUAAAGUUUCACAGGCAUCAUGUGAAACUGCUAGGCCUGUGACGAGGACGCUUCUAGUUCCAAACUUGAAAAGAGGUCAUUCAACAGUGAGCAAGGCUCAGACAGAGACGAAGAAAGAAUCAAGCAUGAAAAACAGGUCUCUCGACUUUAAGGCUCCUGCGAAUGUUCAAGACAGCCAAACAGAUUCUCAGCAAGCGGCAACGAAGAAAAGAACAACUGAGUCUACUGUCUCAAGAAUCAAGCCUGCAGAGAACACCAAGAAAGUUCAUGCCGCAGCCGUCGAGAAGAAGAAGAAACCUGAGAACGAAACCAACGACGCUCUGGUGACGAAGAAAAACGCAGAGGGAAAACUCAAGGACCUGAGCGUGGCUGAGAUGAAGAACUUCCUUCGAUCUAGAAAGGCCAAACUUAGCGGGAAGAAAGAAGAGCUCAUUGCCAGGAUCCAGGAAGUACUCGGAUGACGUGUUUCAAUAAUCAAAGUUGGCAGUCAAGCUGGUCA